AUGGCGAGCCCGCCGCCGCUGCACGGGACCCCGGCGGCGCCGGCGUCCGCGGCGGGCGGCGAUGGCCCCAACCUCAACAACAACAACAACAACAACAACCACAGCGUGCGCAAGUGCGGCUACCUGCGCAAGCAGAAGCACGGCCACAAGCGCUUCUUCGUGCUGCGCGGGCCCGGCGGCGGCGGCGCGAGCGGCAGCGGCGACGAGGCGGCGGCGAGUGCGGGCGGCGGGGGUCCGGCGCCGCCGCAGCCCCCGCGGCUCGAGUACUACGAGAGCGAGAAGAAGUGGCGGAGCAAGGCGGGCGCCCCGAAGCGGGUCAUCUCGCUGGACUGCUGCCUGAAUAUCAACAAACGCGCCGACGCCAAGCACAAGUACCUGAUCGCCCUCUACACCAAGGACGAGUACUUCGCCGUGGCCGCCGAGAACGAGCAGGAGCAGGAGGGCUGGUACCGCGCGCUCACCGACCUGGUCAGUGAGGGCCGCGCGGCGGGGGGUGCCGGCGGCAGCGGCGACUCGGCAACCCCCGCGGCCGGGAUCCACGCCGGCGGCGGCUCCUGCAGCGCCUCCUUGCCCGGCACCCUGGGCGGCUCCGGCGGCGGCUCCGAUGACAGCAGCUACGGGCUGGCGGCGUCCUCCGCGGCCGCUUACCGCGAGGUGUGGCAGGUGAACCUGAAGCCCAAGGGCCUGGGCCAGAGCAAGAACCUGACGGGCGUGUACCGCCUGUGCCUGUCGGCGCGCACCAUCGGCUUCGUGAAGCUCAACUGCGAGCAGCCGUCGGUGACGCUGCAGCUCAUGAACAUCCGCCGCUGCGGCCACUCGGACAGUUUCUUCUUCAUCGAGGUUGGCCGCUCGGCCGUCACGGGCCCCGGCGAGCUGUGGAUGCAGGCCGACGACUCGGUGGUGGCCCAGAACAUCCACGAGACCAUCCUGGAGGCCAUGAAGGCGCUCAAGGAGCUCUUCGAGUUCCGGCCGCGCAGCAAGAGCCAGUCCUCGGGCUCGUCGGCCACACACCCCAUCAGCGUCCCCGGCGCGCGCCGCCACCACCACCUGGUGAACCUGCCCCCCAGCCAGACGGGCCUGGUGCGCCGCUCACGCACCGACAGCCUGGCCGCCACCCCGCCGGCCGCCAAGUGCAAUUCGUGCCGGGUGCGCACGGCCAGCGAGGGCGACGGCGGCGCGGCUGCGGCGGCGGCAGCGGCGGCGGCGGCGGCGGGAACCGGGGCGGCGGCGGGUAGCAGGCCGGUGUCUGUGGCCGGGAGCCCGAUGAGCCCGGGGCCGGUACGGACCCCUCUGAGCCGCUCCCACACCCUGAGCGCUGGCUGCGGCAACCGCGCGAGCAAGGUGCUGCUGGCGCCGGCAGGGGGCGCCCUGCAACACAGCCGCUCCAUGUCUAUGCCCGUGGCGCAGUCGCCCCCGGCGGCAGCCACCAGCCCAGGCAGCCUGUCGUCCAGCAGCGGGCAUGGCUCGGGCUCCUACCCGCUGCCUCCUCCUCCGGGCCCUCACCCGCACCUGCCGCAUCCCCUGCACCACCACGCGGCGGGCCAGCGGCCCUCCAGCGGCAGCGCUUCCGCCUCCGGCUCCCCCAGCGACCCCGGCUUCAUGUCCCUGGAUGAGUACGGCUCCAGCCCUGGCGAUGUGAGAGCCUUCUGCAGCCACCGGAGCAACACGCCUGAGUCCAUCGCCGAGACGCCCCCUGCCAAGGAUGGGAAUGGGAGCGGCGAGCUAUACGGGUACAUGACCAUGGACAGGCCCCUGAGCCACUGUGGCCGCCCCUACCGUCGGGUAUCGGGGGACGGAGCGGCCCAGGACUUGGACAGAGGGUUGAGGAAGAGGACUUACUCCCUCACCACGCCUGCCCGGCAGCGGGCGGUGCCCCAGCCCUCCUCCGCGUCCCUGGAUGAGUACACCUUGAUGCGGGCCACCUUCUCCGGCAGCUCCGGCCGCCUCUGCCCCACCUGCCCCACGUCUUCUCCCAGAGGGGCCUAUAACCCUUAUCCGGAGGACUACGGUGACAUUGAGAUCGGGUCCCAGAGGAGCUCCAGCAGCAACCUGGGCACGGAUGAUGGUUACAUGCCCAUGACCCCCGGAGCGGCCCUCCUGGGUGCUGCCGGCAGUGGCAGCGGCAGCUGCAAGAGUGACGACUACAUGCCCAUGAGCCCCACCAGCGUGUCCGCGCCGAAGCAGAUCCUGCACCCACGGGUGGCUGCUGCAGCAGCUCUGCCCCCGACGGGCCCCGCAGCGCCGGCACCUGCCAGCGUGGCGGGCAGGGCCUUCCCGGUGAACCGAGUCAGCUACAAGGCUAGCUCCCCGGCGGAAAGCUCUCCCGAGGACAGUGGCUACAUGCGCAUGUGGUGCGGCUCCAGGCUGCCUCCGGAGAGCACCACGGACGGCAAGCUGCUUCCCAACGGGGACUACCUCAACAUGUCCCCCAGCGAUGCGGGCACCUCGGGGACCACCCCGCCGGACUUCUUCACCGCAGCCUUGCAUGGCGCCAGCGGGGAGAUGCUCAGGAGCAUGCCCGGCUACUGCUACAGCUCCUUACCCCGCUCCUACAAGGCUCCCUACACCUGCAACGGGGACAACGACCAGUAUGUGCUCAUGAGCUCCCCCGUGGGGCGCAUUCUGGAAGAGGAGAGGCCAGAGCCUCAGGCCACCAGCGUGGGGACGACGCACCAGGCCAACAGGGUGGUGGCUGGGGUAGGUGGGGGCAGCCACCCCCAGCCUCCUCACUCCGCAGUGCCUUCUGCAGGGAGGCAGAGUGGCAGUGGCAGUGGCAGUGGCCGCCCGGAGGGCUUCCUGAGCCAGCGCUGCCGGGCGGUGAGGCCCACGCGCCUGUCCCUGGAGGGGCUUCAGACCCUACCUAGCAUGCACGAGUGCCCUCUGCCGCCUGAGCCCAAGAGCCCGGGCGAGUACAUCAACAUUGACUUCGGCGAGGCCGGAGCGCGUCUGUCGCCCCCGGCCCCUCCGAUGCUGCUGGCCUCGGCGGCCUCGUCCUCCUCGCUGCUGUCCGCCAGCAGCCCGGCCUCGUCCCUGGGCUCCGGCACCCCGGGCACGAGCAGCGACAGCCGGCAGCGCUCCCCGCUCUCGGACUACAUGAACCUGGACUUCAGUUCCCCCAAAUCCCCCAAGGCGGAUGAUGAGACCCAGAGUGGGGACCCCGUGGGCUCCUUGGAUGCCCUCUUGUCCCCCGAGGCCUCCGGGUACCCGCCGCUGCCCCCGCGCCCCGCCGCCGCCCCCUCCUCCUCCUCCUCCAGUUCGCAGCUGCAGCCGCCUCCGCCGCCCCCUCCAGGGGAGCUGUACCGCCUGCCUCCUGCACCCGCACCCCAGGGCCCCAGCGCCGCCUCCUCUUCUUCGUCCUCCUCAGAGACAGGGGACCAUGGUGACUACACCGAGAUGGCCUUUGGGGUGGCUGCCACGCCGCCGCAGCCCAUCGUGGCCCCCGCGAAGCCGGAAGGCGCCCGCGUGACCAGCCCCACGUCCGGCAUGAAGAGGCUGAGCCUCAUGGACCAGGUGUCUGGGGUGGAGGCCUUCCUGCAGGCCGGCCAGCCCCCGGACCCCCACCGCGGGGCCAAGGUCAUCCGUGCAGACCCGCAGGGCGGCCGCCGCCGCCACAGCUCUGAGACCUUCUCCUCCACCACCACUGUGACGCCCGUGUCUCCGUCCUUCGCUCACAACCCCAAGCGCCACAACUCGGCCUCCGUGGAAAACGUGUCUCUCAGGAAAAACAGCGAAGGGAGCGGCAGCGGUGGCGUCCUUGGUGGGGGCGACGAGCCCCCCGCGUCCCCUCGCCAGGUGCAGCCGCCGCUCCCCCAGCAGGCGCGGCCGUGGACACCGAGCCAGCCUGGGGGCCUGGUGGGCUGCCCGGGGGGCAGUGGCUCUCCCAUGCGCAGGGAGACCUCAGCUGGCUUCCAGAAUGGCCUCAACUACAUUGCCAUCGAUGUAAGGGAUGAGCCGGGGCUGUUGCAGUCUGCACAGCAGCACCCGCACCUGCAUCCACAUCCGCAGCCAGGUGACAAGAGCACCUGGGGCCGGACCCGGAGCCUCGGGGGCCUCAUCAGCACUGUGGGGGCCAGCAGCACCGGUGGUGGGGUGUGUGGGGGGCCAGGCCCUGGAGCGCUGCCCUCCAACGCCUAUGCCAGCAUUGACUUCUUGUCCCAUCACCUGAAGGAGGCCACCAUUGUGAAAGAGUGA